AAGUACAAGCUUUUUAAUUAAAAGAGUCAGCUCAGGAGUAUUUUAGCAGCACUCCAGAUCCCUGUUCGUGUGUCCCCCCAGCAAUAAACACAUGGUGAAAAAUGAGCUGGGCAGUGAACAGGAUUUAGCACUUGGAGGGAACCCAAGACAGAGCAUGAGAAAGAGCGGUCACACAAGGCAGCCCUUACUGCCCAUUCUCCCCUCAGCCCAGUUUAAGCUGCAGAAGAUGCAUUUUCCACUUAACUGGCGUCGGGCCGGAGAAGGAUCCCAGAAAUAUCUCCUAGGCGAAGGCCUUCACCUUUCCUCACGGGCUGUUCCGCGGGCACGAGCAGCGCUGCCGGUGCCGGCCCGGACCCAGAGCGCCGCCCGCACGCACCGCCCCGGCCGCCAGGGGGCGGGCGAGGCCGCGCCAGGGGCGCUGGAAGCGUCACGGCCCUGGGAAGCGGGAGGAAGGCUGGGCGGGAAUAUCCCUUUGGAAUGCUUUACGGGGAUGGGGCCUGUGAAAACCUGGGUCAGUGCUCAUGGACCCACCCGUGACCGAGCAACCUGCCUGCCCUGGGACAGCCCUCUGCAGUUACCAGUACUUUUGACUCCGAGGAAUGCGAGGCCUGUCGGCACGAAGCAGGUGUGGCUCAGAGCAAACUCACAAAAAAACUCCAGAAGCUCAGUCCUCAGUUCUAGCCAUCUAUGUUCAAGAGAAUACCUGGGGAAAACAGUUGGUUUCCAGCCACCAAUGAACUCUCCUGAUUCCUGUGUCUGUGGAAGUGUUGCUCAGCCUCAGGACUCUUCUAAUCCAAGCUGA